AUGGAGUUGGCGGUACCUGGAGGAGACCUGCGACGGCACAUUCACACCUUUAUUGAAUGCCUUGGCGCCAAAUGGGACACCGCCAAACUCAAAUGGGAGGUGCGAUUGAGAGAUACCCAAACCGGCAUGGAAUACGUGCGUUUUGCUUCCGUCUUCGUCUCUGCUGUAGGGGCCAUUUCUUUUCCCCGGGAUAUUCGGUUCCCUGGCAUGGAGAAGUUCCACGAACCGAUGUUCCACACUGCCCGUUGGGACCACUCAGUGUCCUACAAAGGAAAGCGAGUUGCAGUCAUUGGCAACGGAUGCAGCGCUGCACAAGUUGUGUCUGCCAUUGCAAAGAAUGCGGGCUUCGUCAAGCAAUAUGUACGCAGUGAUGAGUGGUUCCGCGCCCGACCCAAUCACGUCUACACUGAAUUCGAGAAAUUCCUCUUUCGCUGGAUGCCGCUCCGACAGCGUUUGCUCCGUCUUCGAAUUUUCCUUGCCGCCGAUGAAUAA